GGAAGUCAGCUGAGGCGCUCUGAGUUUCGGUUUCCCGCUCCAGGCACAGGAGUUUCUCUUUCUCCUCCUCCUCCUGCUCUGCCAUUAGCUGUGACCCCAGCAGCCAGCAGGCGCGAUGGGAAACUGGGAGUCCCAUCUGUACGAAGUGUCUGCUCGGAAACUGGAUGAGUUUAUCCAGGAGUCCCUGCUGCCCUAUAAAGAAUGUGAGACACGGAUCGACUGGACGGUGACCGGCAUCUGCGCCGCCCUGCAGAGAGCCGAGCAGCUCACCCUGGAGAAAUGGGUGGCCCAGGGUGGCUCCUAUGGACGGAAAACAGUCUUACGGGGCAACUCCGAUGGUACCCUCGUCGUCUUCGUCAGUCACUUUGAAAAAUUCCAGGAUCAGAAGAGAAGCCAACAGGAAAUCCUCAACAAAAUCUGCAGGUGCCUGGAAGCUUAUCAGUCCACAGACCUGGUAGCCAAGAUAGAGAUCCAGAGGCCCAACGGUGGGCUCAUCAUCAAGGUGUUCACAAGAUGGCAAAGCGUCAGUUUUGCGGUGCUGCCUGCCUUCAAUGCUCUGGGCUUGAGAGAGCAUCCCAGCUCCUGGACCUACCGAGAACUCAAAAGAUCAUUGGAUAUGACAAAAGCCAGCCCCGGCGAGUUCUCAGUCUGCUUCACAGAGCUCCAGCAGAAGUUUUUCAACAACCGUCCCAGAAAACUGAAGGAUUUGAUCCUCUUGGUAAAGCAUUGGUAUGAGAAGUAUGUGAAAAAGGAGGGGGAAUCGUCCCUGCUUCCCCUGUACGCUUUGGAGCUGCUUACCGUCUACGCCUGGGAACAGGGGUGCGGAGAAGAAGACUUCGAUACAGCUCAAGGCAUCAGGACUGUUCUGGAGCUGAUCAGGCAGCAGGAGAAGCUGUGCAUCUAUUGGACGGUCAACUACAACUUUGAGGAUGACACUGUCCGGAACAUGCUGCUGAGCCAGCUCCGAUCGUCCAGGCCAGUAAUAUUGGAUCCAACUGACCCAACCAAUAACGUGAGCAGAGAUAAGAUGUGCUGGCAAGUGCUGAAAGUAGCGGCUGAAAGCUGGUUGUCGUCUCCCGGCCUGAGAGAGUCACAUGGGCCAACCUGGAAUGUUCUGCCAGCGCCACUCUACGUGACCCCAGGCCAUCUUCUAGAUACAUUCAUCAUGGACUUUCUCCAGCCCAACAAAGUUUUCCUAGAUCAAGUCAAGAAAGCUGUCAACAUCAUCUGUAUAUUCCUUAAAGAAAAAUGCUUUCAACAUUCACCUACAAAAGUUCAGAAGGUUGUCAAGGGAGGGUCGACCGCCAAAGGCACAGCUCUGAAGAGCGGCUCUGAUGCCGACAUCAUCGUCUUCCUUAGCUCGCUUAACAACUACACCUCCCAGAAAACGGAAAGAUGGAGAAUCAUCAAGGAAAUCCGUAAACAGCUGGAAGCCUGUCAGCGGGAGAAGGAGUUUGAAGUGAAGUUUGAGAUUUCAGAGCGGAAGGCUCCCAGAGUGCUGAGCUUCUCUCUGAAAUCCAGAGAGCUCAACGAAAGUAUUGACUUUGAUGUGCUGCCUGCCUUUAAUGCGUUAGGUCAACUGAAUUCUGGCUCUGCACCCAGCCCCAGGGUCUACGCUGAGCUCAUCCAGCUGUAUAAAUCCUCGGACGCCCUCGGGGGAGAGUUCUCCACCUGUUUCACAGAGCUGCAGCGCAAUUUUGUUGACUCCCGGCCCACGAAAGUGAAGAGUUUAAUCCGCCUGGUGAAGCACUGGUACAAACAGUGUGAAAGGAAACUCAAGAAAAAGGGGUCCCUGCCCCCCAAGUACGCCUUGGAGCUCCUCACCAUCUAUGCCUGGGAGCGUGGGAGCGGGGCGACGCAGUUCGACACGGCAGAAGGUUUCCUGACGGUGCUGGAUUUGGUCACAAAAUAUCAGCAGCUCUGCGUCUUCUGGACCAUCAAUUACAGCUUCGAGGAUGAGACCAUAAGGAACUUCCUCCUGACCCAGAUGCAGAGAACCAGGCCCGUGAUCUUGGACCCAGCCGAACCCACUGGUGAUGUGGGCGGAGGCGACCGUUGGUGUUGGCAUCUUCUAGCAAAAGAAGCUACGGAAUGGAUGUCCUCCCUCUGCUUCCAAGACGGCAGUGCACACCCCGUACAAAAGUGGGAAGUGCCCGUAAGAAUAAUCUAAAAGAAAUGUCAUCCGGAGUGUGCCCUGCGACAGACUUAAACCAAAGAGCUUCUCCUGCUGUAGUUUCCACUUGGAAUUCAUUCAGCCACAAAUAACAGAAAACCCGACUCAGGAGCGUACACUUACACAAUUGGUUUUUUCUGCCCAUUACGAGAAAUCCUAAGGCAGGCAAACCAGGACUCACCCAGCAGCUCCAUCGAGCUUUCUCCAUCCGCCACUGCACUAUUGGCAUUUGGGGCCAGACACUUCUUUGUAAUGGGGGCUGUCCUGGGCAGCCUCCCUGGCAUCUAGCAUCCCCACUAGAUGCCAGCAGCACCCCUCACCCAGUAUGACAAUCAAAACAGCAGGUCUAGACACUACAAAGUGUCCCUUGGGGACACACUCAUCCCCAGCUCUUUCUGGCUGCACCCUCUUUAGGUAUUGAUUUUAGUCCUUAUGGCACCGAAAGUGGCUACUGCUGCUCCAGGCGGGGUUCGGGGUCCAGGCAAGAAGAACAGGGAGGAGGGAGGCACCUAUGAGAAGCCUCAUCCAGCAAAUUCUCUUACAUUUCAUUGCCCAGAACACUCACAUGGCUACCCGCAACAUAAAAGUGGCUCCAAAAAGGGGGGUGAAGACAACUGUGGAUGAGGGUUGGUGAGCCAACCGAGUGCCUGCCACACCUGUGCACGGCUCCACCUCCCACCAAGAGACCUGCCCCCAGGUCUGCUUGUUCUCCGCCAGGUUCUUUCUCGAGGCUCUUUCAAAGCAGAGUUCUCAGCCUCAGCAACUAUUGACAUUUGGGGCCAGAUAAUCCUUUGUUGUGGGGGGCUGUUGAGCAGCAUCUCAAGUCUCUACUCACUAGAUGCCCCCUCCCAGUUGUGACAAUUAAAACUGCCUCAAGACUGCCUCAUGUCCUAUGGGGAGCAAAAUUGCCCCCAAAUGAGAACUGCUUUAGAGGAACACCCCACCCCCACUCUGGGGUCAGCUUUAGUUACCAGGAUCUACACUGUCAGCAAGCACCCAAAAAUUGUCCCCCUGGUAAUAGUGACCCUCUCAGAUACAGUUCUUCCUUUUUUUUCUGACUCUUUUAACCAAUGGUUGUAACUGCUUGGGAUAUGUAUUCUCGCACAUAUAUUUCUUUCUUUCUAGACAGUGCAGACGCCAGGAAGUUGUGGAGCGGGGGUGCAUCCUAUUGUCAAUGAGAUGUUCUCACUCCGAAGUCAUAGAAUCCUGGCAUACCAAUGCUAGAAGAAGCUUCUAGAGGUCAUCUGGCAACUGCUUUUAAAGAAUCCGUUCACUAUAUAAAAGACUAACCAGAUCCAUUCUUCCAUUGACGGUCCCCACGGCUCCCUCCCUUGUUUCUUCAACCCCUCUUGAAAUCAAGACCGCCAAGUUCUUUUUGUAAAGUCUCGCCUUGCUGAGCUCUCACUCCGUGAGUGUACCUUAAUUAAAAAGAGUUGCUUUCAUCC